GGUUCACUGCGCCGGCGCGCGGGCGCGAGCGGUUAAAGCGCUUUUCGGUGUUCGAGGACCUGGAUCUGUUCCCCCGGCCUGCCCGGUUCGAAACCCCCUCAGCAAGGACCAAGGAGACUGCCGCUUCCUAAGGAUCGUUUUCCUCCGGCUCCGAAGCCUCUCGGCGCCCGGCUGUGUCCCUUGCCCUUUGACCCCCGUGGCGGCGGGGUGAUAGGUCGGGUGGCCAUCUUGUGGCGGCGGCGCGGGCGGCUGUUACUGCGGAGACCUGUCCCCUCCCCCCACCUGGUACCCCUAGCUGUCUGUCAGUCGGCGGAGAGCCCUGCAUCCUGUCAGCGGAGGCCUGGGCCGAGUGCGGUCUCUCUCCCCGUCUCAUCGGGCGACCCAGGCUGCUCCUCACCACCGCCACCAUGUCCUCCUUCUCGGAGUCGGCGCUGGAAAAGAAGCUCUCAGAGCUGAGCAACUCUCAGCAGAGUGUGCAGACCCUGUCCCUGUGGCUCAUCCACCACCGAAAGCACGCAGGACCCAUCGUCUCCGUGUGGCACCGGGAGCUCCGCAAAGCCAAAUCAAAUAGAAAGCUUACUUUUCUAUACUUAGCCAAUGACGUCAUCCAGAACAGUAAAAGGAAAGGACCUGAGUUCACGAGAGAAUUCGAAUCUGUCCUUGUGGAUGCUUUUUCUCAUGUUGCCAGAGAGGCAGAUGAAGGCUGUAAAAAACCUUUAGAAAGAUUGCUGAACAUCUGGCAAGAACGAAGUGUGUAUGGCGGCGAGUUCAUCCAGCAGCUGAAGCUGUCUAUGGAGGACUCCAAGAGCCCUCCCCCCAAAGCAGCAGAAGAGAAGAAGUCUCUAAAACGAACUUUUCAGCAGAUACAAGAGGAGGAAGAUGAUGACUAUCCUGGAAGCUACUCUCCCCAAGAUCCUUCCGCAGGCCCUCUCUUGACUGAGGAGUUAAUCAAAGCUUUGCAGGACCUGGAAAAUGCAGCAUCAGGGGAUGCUACUGUUCGACAGAAGAUUGCUUCCCUGCCCCAGGAAGUGCAAGAUGUGUCACUGCUGGAAAAAAUUACAGACAAAGAGGCAGCUGAACGUCUUUCAAAAACAGUAGAUGAAGCAUGUCUGUUACUAGCGGAAUAUAACGGGCGCCUGGCAGCGGAACUGGAAGACCGACGCCAGCUGGCUCGGAUGCUGGUGGAAUACACCCAGAACCAGAAAGAGGUUUUGUCAGAAAAAGAGAAAAAGCUAGAAGAGUAUAAACAGAAGCUUGCUCGAGUAACCCAGGUUCGCAAGGAACUCAAGUCCCACAUUCAGAGCUUGCCCGACCUCUCACUGCUGCCUAAUGUCACAGGGGGCCUGGCACCUCUGCCCUCUGCUGGUGACCUCUUUUCAACUGACUAGGACAGGUACCGUGCCCCAGGUUCCCAUGUGUGCCAGAGAAAAGAAGCAAGUCACUGUUGGAGACAGUCCCCUGGCCCCGGCUCCAUCAUCUCUUCAGCCAGCAUCUGCCUCAGUAAUGAAGCGGGGACCUCUUGACUUCUCACUCUCCUCCGGCUCCCUCCUGAGCGUGGUUCUAAACCAUGCAGAUGGACGCAGUUUUGAUUCGUGUUUGCUAGGAACACAGACUCUCCCUCCCACUCAUGUCUCUUGCCACUGCUGCUUUUCCAUCCUUCGCUCUCUUACACCCAUAAGUCAUGAAAAUCAUGUGUACUUCUGGAAGCUUUCGGGAGAAGCUUGCCUCACACGUCAUGGAAGUCUGAGCUGGCCUUGACCAGGCUCAGAACAGGCUCCCAGUGAGAAUUCAGGCUGCAAGGAUUGUGCUUUCCUGGCUACCAUCUGCUCACAAGGUCAGCAGCACAGCUUUGCCACAAAGAGUUUGCCAAAUUGCCGAUAUUUCCCGACCUAAAAGUGUUGUCAUGGUUAGAUGUGUUUGUUUUGAGAGCAUUCUAGAGAAUCUAACAAUAGGAUUCGAAGCUGAUCUAAGAUAUAAAGUUAUAGCGCAGGUACAGAGUGGCAGGGAUCACAAGUCAUUUGCCUGGCUUCUCACUUUUGACAGCCUUCCCUGCCACACUUCUCCAGGGUCCCCAGUUUCAGAGCUCCUUCCUAAAGCAGGACCCUCUGUCCCCUGGGGCUGGGAAGGGAGCUGUUCGGAUAGCACACCCAGGCUGCUAAGCUCCACAGCCGGAGGCUGGGCUUGCACCCUGGAGCUUACAGUAACACACCGUGUGGACACAUCCACAGUAUGGUGACUGAACUUGAGCAUCUCUAUAGGACACUGAGCGAGCCAGGCAGUUCCUGCCACUAUAUGCAUCCAUGCUCCCAUGAAAAGAGAGUACUCAUAAAGAAUUCACCUCCAGCAGAGGAAGGGAGUGGAGGGAGAUUAAUUUGGGGUUUAAUAUCAUUAUCAUGCCAGCUGACAUUAUAACUGAAUGAUGUAGUUACGAUUUUUACGUCUAGUAAAGAGUGGGCCUGGACCUGGAAAUGAUUGUAAUCUGGCAGGCUUAUUUUUGACAUUGGAAAGGGCAGAAACCAUUUUGUCCUACUAGUGUAAUAGGAAUUGUCGCCCAGAGCUGAAGUCCAAAGCCGUGAGAAGGAAUUCAGUGGAGGGCCUUGAGAAGCUUCAUUACUUUAAGUUGCUGUUUUCAGAAUCACCAAAAAAGAAAAAAAAAAAAAAGCACACAUUGUUUUUUUACAUGUUAAAGCAAACCUGUGUGUCACAAAGUAGGCAGGCUUUGGUCUACGAAGCUGCCCCACCUGCUGUGCGGUGAGACUCUCCACUAUGUCCCCUGGCCUUUGUGGAAGCUGUUGUUCACAUCUGAAUGCAGACUGCUUUUUGCUUGUUCACUCUGCCGUUUCUGUCAGCAUUGUUUUCUCCAGAGGCUACAGGACAGCACUAACUCGAGAAAUCCCCUUCUCUGCUGCGUAACACCUCCCCACACGCCACGCCACUUUACUGUCACAUGCACACACCACUCUGAACACCUCCCCCAGACACUGCUUUCCCAGGAAACAGACCAAAAGACAGCUCUGCUCCGAUGACAGCUUAGUGGGGUCAGCUCAAUGCUGCUUUAUUCUUUGGAGUCUCUGACCAGCAAUCAGUGCUUAACCCUUACAUCAGGAUCACGACGUGACCAGUAGCAAUUAUGUAAAUGAGUUGGCUCUUAGCACCGCUUGCCUGCAGACUUCUUGUGAGGAACUUAGUUUUGUUUUAAUGAAAUGCUUCAGUUUUUUAAUCUUCUUGUUGUGUACCCUCCCCCUCCCCUGCCCUCAGUCUCCCAACUGUGCUUACUUCCCUCGUUUAACUUAAGUGAAACUUUUGUCCCUGAGAGUUGAUCUGGAGGGUGGGGUGGGCGACUUCUGGUUUUGUGUUUCUUUAGGGCAUCCAUAGGCCUCAAGGAUCUUUCCUUUAGGGUCAUAUUCCUCAGAAAGUCUUCAGUUGUUCUUUGUUUUUGUUUUGUUUUUCUUAAAGGAUAUUUUUAAAGCUUAAAUUUGUAUAUUAAUUUAGGACUUUAUUUAGAAGUAUAGGCUGUCAUUGGUGGCAGCAGUAUAUUCUGAAAUGUCUCAUAGAUAUAUAUUUUUGAAUAAAGAUGGUGUUGUUGAACAA